CGUGGGGCGGCUCCUUCCUUUUGCCUCCUUGUACCUCUGGAAGUAACAUGGGUCACCAGCAGCUCUACUGGAGCCACCCGAGGAAGUUCGGCCAGGGCUCUCGCUCUUGCCGCGUCUGCUCAAACCGACACGGUCUGAUCCGGAAAUACGGCUUGAAUAUGUGCCGCCAGUGUUUCCGUCAGUACGCGAAGGAUAUCGGCUUCAUCAAGUUGGACUAAGUGAUCUUCAAUGGACAUUAUCCAGGACAUCCUCUCCGUGGAAGCGACAUGCUAACUCUUUGUACAUAAAAUAAAAAAAUUUAAAGCUUUCAA